AAAACAAACAAAAACCAAUAUUCUGCUGGCAUGUACAAGUCAGAAGAGGGCUGCAGAUCUCAUAGGUGGUUGUGAGCCACACGGUGGUUAAUGGGAAUUGAACUCAGGACCUCUGGAAAAGCAGUCAGUACUCUUAACCUCCAGUGUUGCAAUUUUUAUGCUCUGAAAAAGAAUGAUGUAGAAGAAGAAAUGACUGUGUAGGAUGACCUUGGCCUAUUGAUUCUUCUGUCUCUUCCAUCCUGGUGCUGGCAGUACAGGUGUGUGCCUCUGAACCUGGCUUCUUCCACUUCUUCAGUAACUUCCAGAGCCAUUUGGAACUGGGAACUGAUGAGUUUGGUUCUUUUCUUUCCUAGCCGGGCCCCUCAGAUGAGGCCUGCUCCCCGACAAGCGCCUGCAGCUCAUCCUCCAGCAACAGCGACUGCACCAUCUGCAGUUGGCUCACCUGCGGCUGCCCCCCGGCAGCCAGGCCUGAUGGCCCAGAUGGCGACCACUGCAGCCGGUGUGGCUGUGGGCUCUGCAGUGGGCCACACCCUGGGUCAUGCCGUCACCGGGGCCUUCAGUGGAGGUGGCAGUGCUGAGCCUGCGAGGCCUGACAUCACUUACCAGGAGCCCCGGGGAGCCCAGCUGCUGGCCCAGCAGUCUCCUGGACCUUGCUUUCUUGAGAUCAAACAGUUUCUGGAGUGUGCCCAGAAUCAGAGUGACGUCAAGCUCUGCGAGGGCUUCAAUGAGGUGCUGUGGCAGUGCAGAAUUGCAAAUGAGGGCCAUCCCCCAAGAGUGGACCGUGUAGAGAAGAAGGUUAAGAACAGAAGAUACAGUGAAGAAUUUUUACGGUAUGGUUUUACCUCAAAAACGACAGCAGGCGUUGAGAAACCGCAGUGUGUUAUUUGUGGGGACGUUCUCUCGGCGGAGUCUAUGAAGCCAAACAAACUGAAACGCCAUUUUGACAGCAAGCACCUGAGCUUUGCUGACAAGGACAUCAACUAUUUUAGAAGCAAAGCUGAUGAGCUCAAGAAAGCCAGGCUUGACACUGGCAGCAAAUAUCCCAAACAGAAUGUCAUAGCCGUUGAGUUUUCCUACUUGGUGGCGCUCAGAAUCGCCAGGACUAUGAAGCCUCACAGUUUUGCUGAGGAUUUACUGUUGCCAGAGGCCAAAGACAGUGUUCGCGUUCUGAUCGGAAAGGAAUUUGGUAUGCAGCUGAGCGCGGUUUCUUUAUCUAAUGACACUGUCCGCAGAAGAAUAAAUGACAUGUCUGCCGAUAUUCUUAACCAGGUCAUCCAGGAAAUUAAGUCUUCUCCACUUCCGAUGUUUAGUAUCCAGCUCGAUGAAUCUACAGACGUCGCAAACUGUUCCCAGUUACUGGUUUACGUGAGGUACAUUAACGACGGCGACUUUAAAGAUGAAUUCCUCUUUUGCAAACCUCUUGAAACAACAGCCACUGCAUAUGACGUAUUUGACAGAGUUGGUUCAUUUCUGAAGGAGCACAUGCUCUCGUGGGAUAUGGUUUGCGGUGUUUGCACCGACGGUGCUCCGGCUAUGCUAGGAUGUCAGUCUGGAUUUCAGCGUCUGGUCCUGAAUGAGUCGCCGGAUGUCAUCGGAACUCACUGUAUGGUUCAUCUGCAUGCGUUAGCAAUGAAGACACUGCCGCAAGACUUAAAAGAAGUCAUGCAGAGCGUCGUCGGUUCUGUCAAUUUUGUCAAGGCGAGCACGUUAAACAGUCAACUGUUUUCGCAACUGUGCAGCGAGUUUGACGCCCCGAACAAAGCUCUGCUGUUUCACACCGAAGGGAGGUGGCUGUCCAAAGGAACCGUUUUAAAAUGUGUUUUUGAGCUUCGUGAUGAACUCAGAAUAUUUUUUAGUCAGAAAGCAAGACCACAGUUCGUAGCACUUUUCAGUGAUCAAUGUGAAUUGCAGAAAAUAGCUUACUUGGUCGACAUCUUCGCUGUCUUGCGUGAAUUAAGUUUAUCACUGCAAGGACCAAAUGCGACAUGCCUCGAUUUGUCUGAAAAGAUCCAGUCAUUCCAAAUGAAGCUUCAGCUUUGGCAAAAAGAGCUGGAAGAAAAUAAAACACACAUGUUGCCUACCCUCUCUGCUUUUUUUGAGGAACAUGACAUUAAACCCUCUGGCAGGACUUCAGUGAUCGUUUCCGUGAAAGAGCACUUGCACGUGCUUGCCGAAGAAAUUUCCUGGUACAUUCCAAAUCUACCUGCCGUCCCAUUUGCCCUUGCUAGAAGCCCAUUCACAGUCAGAGUUGAAGAUGUCCCUGAGACGGCACAAGAGGAGUUUGGCAGACUUAUUAACAGCCAAGCAGCGAGAUCUGACUUCUCUGCGUUGCCACUUACACAGUUCUGGGUCAAGUGUUUGCAGUCCUACCCUGUUCUGUCUGAGACCGUGUUGCGCCUCCUCCUUCCAUUUCCAACAACAUAUCUUUGUGAGACAGGGUUUUCCAACUUGUUGGUUAUCAAGUCCAAAUACAGACGUAGGCUCGCUGUGGAAAAUGAUCUCCGUUGUGCUCUUGCAAAGACUGCCCCGAGAAUUUCUGAUCUAGUGAGAAAGAAGCAAUCUCAACCUUCACACUGAUGUUGGCAUUGAUGUUUUGCUUUUUAUGUGUGUGUUUGUUUUGUUUUUGUUUUGUUUUGUUUUUUCGAGACAGGGUUUCUCUGUGGCUUUGGAGCCCAUCCUGGAACUGGCUCUGUAGACCAGGCUGGCCUUGAACUCAUAGAGAUUCACCUGUCUCUGCCUCCCAAGUGCUGGGAUUAAAGGUGUGCGACACCACUGCCUGGCUGAAGUUGGCAUUUUACAGAUACUGUUGCAAAAUGUAGCAAGUUGUUCUGGGUUUUGUUUUGUUCUUUAUUUUGUUUUGUUGGGAGAUAGGGUUUGUCUGUGUAGCCUGACUGUCCUGGAACUUGCAUUGUAUACCAUGCUGACCUCAAACUCAGAGAUGCUCCUAUCUCUACCUCCCAAGAGCUGGAAUUAAAGUUGCCACCCAGGUACUGAUGUUAUAUUAAGACUGUUACCCAGGAGAGGUGGCUUCGAGGUUAAGAGCACUGGCUGAGUUAAUUCCUGAGUUCAAUUCCCAGCAACCACAUGGUGGCUACAGCCAUCAAUAAUGAGAUCUGGUGCCCUCUUCUGGCCUGCAGACAUACAUGCAGGCAGAACACUGUAUACACAAUAAAAAAAGACUUACCCGUGAUACUACACCAUGAUUCAAGACAAAAUUUCAUUAUUUAUAACUGGAAAUAAAUAUUUCACAAUAUA